CGCAGAGAAGGACGUUGAGCGCGUUUGACUGAAAGAGACUCGAGCGCUAAACCUGCUCACAGGAUCAUUUUUACCUUCAAAUGACUAUUUCUCAUGAAACACGUCUGUAAUUAUGUAUCACGGUUAUAAAUAAACGAAAUCAUCGGGGAAAACUGGAAUAUGCCUCCACCUGACAUCCAAAGGUAACAUUUCCUCAGAAAACGAAUGUGUUUUACGCGAGAAACUGAAACAAGUGAGCGGUUUUAAGUUAUAUUAAAUAAUAAUCCAGAGGAGAUACUGAUACUGAGUUUGUUCCGGGGAACUCAGUGGCUUGUUAGUAGGCUAUAUAAAGAUAAUUGUGCGUCAAGUUGGGAUGAUGAGAGUUUGUCCGCUCCGUCCGUUCAUGUUCAUGGAGUUUAUAAGCGGGAGCCGCUAGAAUGGAAACCGUGAUUGAUGAAACGGAGGCCUUACAGAGAUUCUUCGAAGGUCAUGAUAUUAACAGCUCUUUGGAGCCAACAAACUUUGACACAAGUAUCCUGGAGGAAUACAUCAGCAAAGAGGACGACAGCACUGACAUUUGUUUCACAGAGGUCCACAGCACCCCGGGACCCCAGUAUCCCUCGCCCCAGGCCGGGGCAUCCUCUUCAGGGGGGGUAGGGUGUGGCGUGAGCCCCCCCAUCCCCCUG